AUGAAUGGUCAAGAGCAAGCAGUUGGCAUUGUUGACUGCAAAGAUACCGCAGAUGCGGCCCAGCUGGCCACGACCAGUGGCGCUCUGUCAGACUAUGUCAAGGUGCGCACGGUGGGGCGAGGAAGCUUUGGUGAGGCCCUCCUGGUGAAACAUCGCAGCUCCGGCCAGAUGUCCGUGCUGAAGCGCGUCCGCCUGGAGGGCAGCAGCGAUGCGGCGGCUGCGGCCGAGAGCGCGGCACGGGAGGCGCAAGUGCUUCAGAAACUGCGGCAUCCGCACAUUGUGGAGUUCUUGGGGGCCUUUGUAGACAACUCGCGGGAUUCCAGUGGUGGCACGCUCUGCUUGCUGAUGGCCUUCUGCGAAGGAGGUGACCUGCAGCACAGACUUCAGAAAGUCCGGCAGGAGUGCCGCCGGCUCCCCGAGCUCCCCGCGCUGCGCUGGUUCGACGAGCUCUGCAGCGCACUGGCCUACGUGCACCAACACCAGGUCUUGCACCGUGACCUCAAACCAUCCAACAUCUUCCUCUCUGGCAGAAGUGGUGGCAGCGCCCACCACAUCCACGAAGAGGAGUCGGUGUCGAUCGGAGACUUUGGGGUCAGCCGGCCUUUGACCCACUCGAUGGAGCUGGUGACCACAAUGGUGGGAACACCAUGCUACUUGAGUCCUGAGGUGUGCAAAGGCAAGCCCUACUCCUACAAGUCCGACAUUUGGUCCUUGGGAUGUGUGCUGUUUGAGAUGAUGGCGCUGCGCCCACCGUUUGGGACGGCACCAAACCUGGAGGCAUGCUUCAAGAAUCGCAAGACUUUUGCCUGGCGGAUGGCUUUACACCAGGAACCUUGCUUAGCUCUGUUCAUUGCAGCUCCCCGGCAGGCUUUGGUGAAUCGGAUAGUCCGCGCAGAUGUGACCUUGCCGGAACACCUCACGCACGAUUAUCCGGAGGCAUCUCGCUGUACACGUGCAAUGCUUCGCCAGCAGCCAGAUAGAAGACCAACUGCGCACUCAUUGUUAAAUCGUCCACGGCUUCAACCUCCAGGGUAUGACUUGCCGGGAAUGCACUCUGCGGAGUCGCCAUCGACGCCAUCAACGCCGCCGACUGCAUCAAUACAGCUGGCACCACCAUACAAAGCCUUCGAGCCUCCAGGGCGCACUGAGAACUCCCAGGCAUCGAAGCAGAAGCUCGUGGCAGCACAGGCGGCUGUUGCAGCAGCCAAUGCCGCGGUCAAGGCGGCAGCCCUCUCACCGCGCACUCGAGGGCGGGCAAAGCUGGCUAAUCAGAUCCUGGAAGCAGAGUCAGAGGGUGCCGCGAAAGUGUUGGAAGAGUGCACCGAUGCUGACAGGCCAUGCCAUCGUGGGGCGGGACAGAAGGGCGUCAUUACAGACGUUCCCUUGUCGGGACGUUCUCGCCGCCAAGCAAAUGCUGGGUUUCAUGGUAACGCUAGUCCCGCGCACCCGACAUACCCGGCUUCGCCCAGCGUGGCAAUUAGCACCGGCCGGCCUGCUAACACGGACGGGGCCAACGUUCGCUCCUGCUCCGGAGACGUCCGGCCACGUCAGCCCUACUGUAGUCUAGUUGGACAGCCGCAGCCGCUGUCCGCAAGACAGAAGGCCGGAUGCAUGUGUGCAGCAUUUUUUUGGAUAUAG